GGCGGGGCUGGUUAGGGCACCAGAGCCAAUUUGACGGAAGGAGCGGCGCGGCGGUGGCGGAGGAGAAUGGAGGCGGUGGUGUUCGUCUUCUCUCUCCUUGACUGUUGUGCGCUUAUCUUCCUCUCAGUGUACUUCAUAAUUACAUUGUCUGAUUUAGAAUGUGAUUACAUUAAUGCUAGAUCAUGUUGCUCGAAAUUAAACAAGUGGGUAAUUCCAGAAUUGGUUGGCCAUACUAUUGUCACUGUGUUAAUGCUCAUUUCAUUGCACUGGUUCAUCUUCCUUCUCAACUUGCCUGUUGCCACUUGGAAUAUAUAUCGGUUCAUUAUGGUGCCAAGUGGUAACAUGGGAGUGUUUGAUCCAACAGAAAUACACAAUCGAGGGCAGCUGAAGUCACACAUGAAAGAAGCCAUGAUCAAGCUUGGCUUCCACCUGCUCUGUUUCUUCAUGUAUCUUUAUAGUAUGAUUUUAGCUUUGAUAAAUGACUGAAGCUGGAGAAGCCGUAGUUGAAGUCAGCCUACACUACAGUGCACAGUUGAGGAGCCAGAGACGACUUAAAUCAUCCUUAGAACCAUGACCAUAGCAGUAUAUUUUUUCCUCUUUGAACAAAAAAUAUUUUUGCUGUAUUUUUACCAUAUAAAGUAUUUAAAAAACAUGAA